CCAAUCCAUCCACAGAGAGACUCCAGAGCGAAGGCCCAUCAUCCAAUUCCUUCACUGCACUUAAAAAGGAGGAAGAAGAGGGGAGGAAGAGGGAGAAGCCAGGAGGAAGGCGAAACAGCAGCAACAAAGGGAAGAAAGGGGAGGAGGGAGGCAUCGGUUUAAUCAGAUAAACAGGUAAAGCCAUCCAAAAGAUCUUGUUUUCCCAUGUCUACCAUGAAUGUUGCAGAUGAAUCUCAAUCAUCUACCACCGCCACCACCACCACCAAUAGCAGCACCAUCACCACCACCACUACCACUAUCACCAAUACCACCACAAGCCCAUCAACUCUCAGCAGAUAUGAGUCGCAAAAGAGGAGAGACUGGAACACCUUUGGGCAGUACCUAAGAAACCACAGGCCACCAUUAUCACUAUCAAAGUGCAGUGGUGCACAUGUGCUGGAGUUCCUGCGCUACCUGGACCAGUUUGGCAAGACCAAGGUGCACACCCAGAUCUGCCCUUUCUUCGGCCACCCAAAUCCGCCCUGCCCGUGCCCGUGCCCGCUCCGCCAGGCCUGGGGCAGCCUCGACGCUCUCAUCGGCCGCCUCCGCGCCGCCUACGAGGAGAACGGCGGCAAGCCGGAGUCCAACCCCUUCGGCGCCCGCGCCGUCCGCCUAUACCUUAGGGAGGUGAGGGACUUGCAGGCGAAGGCGAGGGGCAUCGCCUACGAGAAGAAAAAAAGAAAGCGCCCACCACCCCCUUCACACCAACAACAACAGCAGCAACCGGCGGCAGCGACCACGGCUUCCGGUAUGAUCGAUGAUGAUGAGGGUGAACCCGUGAUGGCAGAACCCGGCGUCGGCAGCAGCACCGGAGUUUCGAUCUCUGGGAACCCAUUGAUGAAAAGGGCCCCGGCCUGACGGCACAAGCAGGUCCAAUUCCCACUACAGCUUCCAGGUUGAGCAGGGUCUGAUGCCACGAGCAGUAGCACCGAGAUGGUUGGUUGAACCUGAGAAGCUUCCAAAUUGCACCCCAAAUCUUACUAACUCUCAAAAUGAUCAUCCAUGAGUCACCUGGACUACUAUUCAGUAUCUCUCUUUUUUGUUUCACUUUUCUUUCACUCUUCUUUGUCCUCGGAGUUUGUUAGGAUCAGUGCUAGUUUUAGUAGUGCCGUUGGUAGUGGCAGUCAUGAUAAUGGCAGCAGUAGCUAGCAGCUGCAAUAGUUAUAGAGUCAGUACCAAUACUAGCAGUAGAUGAUGAUGAUCGUGAUGAUGGUGAGAAAAGAGAGGGGCUCUCCCUUUUUCCCAGUUUCUUCUUCAUCUUAUUUGGUAUCAGCUAUCAAGUGUUCACUUUGAUGUGGCGCAUCUAUCGUGUAUGCAAAUGUUGAAGGUUCAUAAAAUUGUAUGUAGAUUGUGGAGCAGAUUUAGCUUCUUGUUCUU